CGCGUUCAAUGUCUUAUGAAUGACAGUCCCUGUUACGAGCUGUGUGACAUUGUGCUGCAGCCGGACACCUAAAAGGACCCAAAAGCGGCUGGGUUUAUUUGCCUGGAAAGAAAGGACACGUUGGGACAAGCUGCUGGGCAGGACGGGACGGGACGGUGGCUGGUUGAGAUGCGCCCCAGCUGCUGGUUUUACGCGCAGAGGAGCCCGAAGCACAAUUAUGUUUCCUGACAGGUUACUAAACACCGCGUCCAGUCUCAUGUCAGCUCCGGGGACUUGCUUUGGAAUGAAAAUAUCGCCUUGAGGCCUAAUUUACUCUGAUCAACGGAGGAGGAGAUUAACCUAACCACUUUGUGGAUUAAUGCUUUGACUUUAAGUGCCUUUUCAGUUGGGCCGCCUGAACCUGUAAGAGCUCCAUCUGACUUUAACUGCAAACUGAAGCUUCAAAGUGCUACACUGAGAGUUAAUAGAGGAUUUGUCCUGCGCAUGAUGUACACAAUUACAAGAGGUCCCAGCAAAUUGGUCACCCAGCGACGAACAGGGCCCACUCAGCAGAUUGACAACAAAAUAAACGACUUCAAGCACAAGCAAACCUCCUGGUGUCUGCCCGACCUCCCUGCACCCAAGAUUGUUUUCAACCGUCUGAACGGGAAGAAGUACCAGCACCCGGCUCCGGCUCUCCAGGUGGACAGCCAGCAGGAGGAGAGCUUCACCGCUGCACACGAGGAAAACGUCAACUUUGUCUAUGAGGCGUGGCAGGAGGUGGUGCAGCAGGUGGAGCAGGGCUCCAGCCAGGGCCUGGAGGCGGCCCAGGGGCCAGUCCACUACAAAGAGAGCAGCCCCGGCCCACACAUGGACGACUUUGUGCCCAUUGAUCUGGAUGAAUGGUGGGCCCAGCGCUUCCUAGCAAACAUAGACAAGCUGUCCUGAGGGGCUGCUGGGCAUCAGGGGCCUGAUGGAGGUGUGAGGAGGCCGAGCCCGAGACAGAAGGCUCAAGAGGGGAGUGGGAGCCUGGCAGAAACAGACGUGAUGUGAUGUGGUGGGUCAACCCGCCGUGACCUGGUUCAAAUGGAUGGACAGCGCUGGGACGCUGACACAGUCGCCACGGACAAUCACGUAACUUGAACUCUUAACCUUUUAGCCUUUUAACUACCAUACAUCCAUCAUCGGCUUAGUUUGUGCCAGACAGCACAUCGGAGGAGGAUGUCGUGGUUUCUGUCAUAAAACGUGCUAUCCUGUGAACAGACAUGUGAUGCUGCUUUGAAAUGCAAUAAAAAAAAUUGUAUUUUAAAGAA